AAGCACCUUAACUGGUGAACCAUCCUACUUUACUUGGAGAACCAACAUCUAUCAACAUCUGUCCUGGACAUCGGACUCAAAGACCUUUCCUGCCUAUUUGAAGAAUAAAACCAGAGGCUGGAGACGGGAAAAAUCAUUUGAUGAAAUAUCUAGAAGGGAGCAGACUCGCAGAGGGCUAAAGAUGAAGAUAAGAGUGGUCCAGAUUUGGGGAUUUUUAAUGACAGUAUUAGGCUGGAUCUUUGUGGCCUGCACUAUGGCCAUGGAGGGCUGGAAGAUUGCCUCUGUAGGGGGCAUGGCUGGUUCUUCUAUGAUCAAAGUGGCCUGGCACUGGUCCAGCUUGUGGAGAAAAUGCUUCACAGAUUCCACUUCUGUCAGCAACUGUUAUGAUUUCCCUAUGCUCAAAUCUGAUGAAUGGCACAUCCCUAUCGUACGCGGCCUACUGAUGGCAGCUCUUUCCCUGGGAAUGCUGGGGUUUAUACUCAGUCUGCUGGGCAUGGAAUGCACCUAUCUUGGGGGUAAAGAUCCUUCAAAGCACAAGAAGAUCUUUACUGGCGGAUGGUGCCACAUCAUCAGUGGUGGAAUGUCCACAGCAGCGUAUGCUGUGUAUGCUGAGUAUGUCAGACUGGAAAAGCUGCAUCCUGGCCCUGAUGGACUUGAGUAUGACCUUGGCACACCGAUGUUUCUUGGCUGGGUGGGCUCAGCUUUUCACAUGGCUGGCGGGUUUUUCUAUCUGUGGUCAGUGUGCAAACCGCUCUGUGGAGAAGGAAAAAGAGUAAUCAGGCGGAAACCACAGCCAGACCCGGAGAAAAGCAAGCCCACCACAGCUUCUUCUGCUGUAUCCGAGGUCACCUCCAAUACCAAACUCUCCUCCGUCUCUGAGCUGUCGUCCAGGUCUGAGCGUACAGAUGUUUCCUCCUUAUCCUCUAAAUCUGCACGCACCUCAAAAUCCGGACAGACGGCGAGGUCAGGGCGGUCGUCCGUGACGGGGCGGACCCCCAGAUCAGCUGGAACCUCAGUUUAUGGUUCGGGAUCAAGAUCUGGAUCUGAUUUUCGGUCAUACACCUCCUUAGAGUCCAGCGUAUCUAGUUUGUCUGACUCUAGGAGCAGCAGUCGCAGCAGUAACAGCAGUCGAAGCAGCCGCACGGUGUCCACACCUGGCAGUGUGAGAAGUGGAGCCACGCCAUUCGUCAAAAACUCCUACAUUUGAACUGAUUAAUUCAAACAUCAAAUACUAACGCAGUUAUUUUUUUCUUCUUUUCCUUGAAGUAAUUAAGAAGAUUAACAUUUCAUCUGCAGUGAACAGUAGUUUGAGCAAACAACAUAUAAGCUUCAUCAACAAGCAUUAUAAGGGCAGCAUCAGU